AUGAUGCAGAUCCUGCCGACACUUGUCCUCCUGUGUUUGAUCCAUGGGUUCAAAUGUCAGCUAGGUGACAGUGGUGGGGGUCCUCAGGAGGACCUGAUGGUGGUUGGAGGUCCUCUACCACAGCUGCAGUCUGGUGUGGAUGCUGUGUUUGACUGCAGCAGUGCCAUCCCUCCUGGCUCUAGACAGUACCUCCAGGACCUGAGGCUCAGAGGGGUGACCCACUUGAAGGUUCCUCUGUGGUGGACUCAGCUCCUCCCUACAGGUGUGUCCACUCAGCCCCAACACCAUGUGGUCUCCUGUUACCAGAAGCUGCUGAAGCUGCUCACAGAUGUGGGCCUUCAGCCUCUGGUGGUCCUCCACACAUCCACGGUGCCAGAACCUCUGAGAUCCAGGUGGGGGGGCUGGGAGAGCCCAGGCCUGGUGCACAUGUUCCAGCAGUACGCAGACUUUGUGUGGACCCACUUUGGUCACAUGUGUAACUCAUGGGUUACACUCAGUGACUUGGAUGAGCUGAAGGAUGAGGAGCUGCUCCACGCCCUGGAAGCACACAGCAGAGUGUCCACACAGUACCAGAAGAAGGUUCCACACACAGUCAGAGAAGAGGUUACUGAUGAAGACGAGGACAAAGAGGAUGAAGACGAAGACAAAGAGGAUGAAGACGAAGACAAAGAGGAUGAACACGAAGACAAAGAGUUUGAAGACGAAGACAAAGAGGAUGGAGACGAGGACAAAAAGGAUGAAGACGAGGACGAAGACAAAGAUGACGAAGACGACAAAGAUUAUGACGAAGACAAAGAGGAUGAAGACGAGGACAAAGAGGAUGAAGAGGAGGAUGAAGAGGACGAUAAAGAGGACGAAGACAAAGAGGAUGAAGACGACGAUAAAGACGAUGAAAAAGACGACAAUGAAGACAAUGACAGCGAUGAAGAAGAGGACAAAGUCAAUGACAGCGAUGAGGAUGCGGCUGGACGCAGCACCCUGACAAUAGCUGGUGUCCUAUUGGCCGCUGAGAUCAAAGUGGACUUCUUGUCGGUGCACAUUGAAUAUAACUGUGCUUGUGCCUCAGACUUUGUGGAGAUGCUGGAGAACAUCCAGAUGUUCAGGGAGGACCUGCCCAUUCUCAUUUACCAGCUGACUGUACGGGACUGUUCCUACACUAAGCACCAGCUUCUGGAACAUUUCUAUCAAGACCUCAUCAAAAACAGGCUGAAUAUUGUGGGAUGGGACAUGGGUGAUCUGGAUGUGCAGGAUCCUCGAUAAGCUUUGACCAACACUUAUCAGACGGUGUGGAGGAGCUUUGGGGAGCAGAGCCCAAGAGUGCGAGACCUCUUCCUCAAUGAAUCCUUCCCCUCGGGCUUCCAAUGGGCCACCUCCAGUGAGUCUUUCAAGGUUGAAGGUGGCUGGGCUGAAGGUGGGAAGGGAGAGACCAUUUGGGAUCGCUUUGGUCAUGAACACAAGGUGCUGAACAACCAGACCGCUGAUCUGGCUUGUGACAGUUUCCACAAAGUGGAUUACGACACCUACCUCCUGCGAGGUCUUCAGGUCGACACCUACCAGUUCUCUCUCUCUUGGGCCCGAAUCUUCCCCUCAGGACACAAGGACACCCAGUCAGAGGAAGGGGUUCUCUACUACCACAAACUGAUUGAUGCUCUCAUUGAGUCUGGGAUUCAACCCGUAGUCACUCUCUACCACUGGGACCUGCCCCAGGCGCUCCAGGACCAUGGCGGAUGGACCAACCAAUCCACUGUGGAAGCCUUUAAGGACUAUGCAGACUUCUGCUUUUCCAGGUUUGGAGACAGGGUAAAGACCUGGAACACUUUGAGCAGCCCCUGGGUGGUGAGCCAUGCUGGAUAUGGAACUGGAAAGCAUCCGCCUGAAAUAAAGGACUAUGUGGUCGCCUCCUAUCAGGCCACUCACAACAUGCUCAAGUCUCAUGCAGAAGCCUGGCACGUCUACAAUAAUAAAUACCGUAAGACACAAGGAGGUCAAGUGGGCAUCGCACUGAACUCAGACUGGGCUGAGCCCGUGGACCCCUCCAGACCUGAGGAUAUAGCAGCAGCAGAUCGGUACCUGCAGUUUAUGCUGGGCUGGUUUGCACAUCCCAUAUUUGUAAAUGGAGAUUAUCCUGCAAUACUCAAGACUCAGAUUGAACAGAAGAGAGCCGAGUGUCCCCACUCUGCACCGGCUGUCCUUCCAGUUUUCACCCACGACGAGAGCCAGAGGAUACAUGGCACCGCUGACUUCUUUGGCUUAAACCACUACACCUCCCGCCUGGUCAACCACAGUGAUGGUGGCUGCACCCCAGGUCCUCAGGGGGUGGGGGACUUCCAGGCACAUGUGGAUCCCUCUUGGCCUUCCACAGCUUCUGACUGGAUCUACUCUUCCCCUUGGGGUCUCCGAAGGCUUCUCAACUACAUUUCCAUAGAGUACUUGAAUAUUACCAAAGUGCCGGUCUACAUAACUGGGAAUGGGAUGCCUUCAGAGUACAGUGUGGACACCCUUGAAGACACCGGUAGAAUAAAGUACAUGAGGAGUUACAUCAACGAAGCACUCAAAGCAAUAAUUGAAGACGGAGUGGAUGUGCAACGCUUCACAGUACAAUCACUCAUGGAUGGAUUUGAAGGCCAACAAGGCUACAGUGAGAGAUUUGGGCUUCAUCAUGUCAAUUUUGAAGACCCGGACAGACCAAGAACCCCAAAGCAGUCUGCUUAUUUCUACUCUCAGGUUGUCAAGCAAAAUGGAUUUGGUUUCCCCAGAGAUGACUUAUCUAAAGUGGUACAUAUUCAUCCAAACCAGCAUCCAAAAAUGUUACCACCAUCAGAAGUCCCAUCUAAAUCAAAGGUUGUUUGGGAGAAAUUCUCUCACCAAUCAAAAUUCCAACGUAAACUCUACCACUAUGGCACUUUUCCACAACACUUUAGUUGGGGAGUAUCAUCCUCAGCUUACCAGACUGAAGGUGGAUGGAAUGCUGAUGGCAAGGGAGCUAGCAUUUGGGAUACAUUCACACACAAACCUAGCUCAUCCAUUCCAGAUAAAGCCAAUGGGGAUGUGGCCUGUGACAGCUACCACCGACUGAAAGAGGAUCUCUACAUGCUAAGAGCUCUCAAGGUGAAGUCCUACAGAUUCUCUUUGUCCUGGUCCAGGAUUUUCCCCAAUGGUCUGCGUACCUCCCUGAACCAGAAAGGUGUUGACUAUUACAACAGACUCAUUGAUGGUCUGCUAGCAGACAAUAUCACUCCAAUGGUGACGCUCUACUAUUGGGACCUCCCUCAAGCUUUGCAGAACAAUGGUGGCUGGUACAACGUGGGCAUGAUUGACAUUUUUAAUGACUUUUGUGACUUCUGUUUUGCCACUUUUGGAGACAGGGUGAAAUUCUGGAUGACUUUCAACCAGCCUUAUACAAUUGCCUGGUCAGGAUAUGGACUUGGACAAAUUCCGCCAAAUGUGAAGAACCCAGGAACUGCACCAUUCAAAGUUGCACACAACCUAAUAAAAGCACACGCCAAGGCCUACCACACAUAUGAUGAUAAAUAUCGCAGAUCCCAAGGUGGUCUAGUAUCCAUUGCCCUCAAUGGUGAUUGGUUUGAGCCUAAAGAUGUUAACGUACCUCGUGAAGUGGUGGCUGCUGACCGCGCUCUGCAGUUCCAACUAGGUUGGUUUGCACACCCCAUUUUCAAAAACGGUGAUUAUCCUGAUGCAAUGAAGUGGCAGGUCGGAAACAAAAGUGAACUCCAAGGUCUGUCAGAGUCAAGACUACCAGUGUUUAGUGAUGAAGAAAAGAGAUUCAUCCAAGGGACCGCUGAUAUGUUCUGUUUAAAUCAUUACACCACAAAGAUUGCAAGUCAUGCCACAUUAAGGUUAUCCCCCAAGUCUUAUGAGUAUGACCGAGAUUUGACAGAAGAUGAAGAAAAAGAUUCACCCACUACUGCGAUCAGUAACCAGAGAGCUGUGGCAUGGGGUUUGAGGAGGCUACUCAACUGGAUCAAGGAGGAGUAUGGAGAUCCACAGAUCUACAUUACUGAGAAUGGAGUAGCUAUAGACACGAAAACUACAGUUGAUGACACAGACAGGGUUUUUUACUUCAAAACGUACAUCGAUGAGGCUUUAAAAGCUCACAGUCUAGAUGGUGUGAAAGUGAAAGGAUAUAUUGCAUCAUCUUUAAUGGAUUCUUUUGAGUGGCUUAAUGGGUACAAAGUUGGGUUUGGGCUACACCAUGUUGAAUUUACUAAACCGAAUCGGCCAAGGACUCCAAAACGCUCAGCGCACUAUUACUAUCAUGUCAUCAAAGACAAUGGCUUUCCAUUACCUGACGAUGAGAGGGUUCUUUAUGGAGAGUUCCCCAAAGGUUUUAACUGGAGUACCGCCAGUGCUUCUUACCAGAUUGAGGGAAGCUGGAGGGCUCAGGGGAAAGGACUGAGCAUCUGGGACAAGUUUGCCCACACUCCUUUAAGAGUACACAACAGCGAUAAUGGCGAUACAGCAUGUGAUAGUUACAACAAAAUUGAUGAAGAUGUGGAGGUGCUGAAGAAGCUAAGGGUGACCCAUUACCGUUUCUCCAUGUCCUGGCCCAGGUUGCUUCCUGAUGGCACCAAUAGCUAUGUAAAUGAAGCUGGGCUCAAUUAUUAUCGCAGAUUGCUGGAUGCCUUGGCAGCUGCUAAUAUUCAGCCACAGGUGACUCUUUACCACUGGGAUCUUCCCCUGGCUCUGCAGAGAGUUGGGGGCUGGGAGAAUGAAACUAUUGUCCAAAGAUUCCGAGAUUAUGCAGAUGUUUUAUUUAGCCAAUUUGGAACCAGAGUAAAGUUCUGGAUUACACUAAAUGAACCCUACAUUGUAGCCAACCUUGGCUAUGGAUAUGGAACAUUUGCUCCAGGCAUUGUGGGUAAGCAGUACAUUGCAGCUCACAACCUCAUCAAGGCUCAUGCUGAGGUCUGGCACCUCUACAAUGACAAGUACCGAGCAGCACAGGGUGGGCUCAUCUCUAUCACCAUCAACUCGGACUGGGCAGAGCCUCAGAACUCCUAUAAACAGGAAGAUGUGGAUGCAGCCAGGCGCUAUUUGCAGUUCUUUAUUGGCUGGUUUGCUCAUCCUAUCUUCAAUGGUGAUUAUCCAGAAUUAAUGAAAACAAUUAUUCAGAAGCGAAGUCUUGCUGCCGGUCUCUCUAAAUCACGGCUUCCUGAGUUCACCCCCGAGGAAAUCACAAGAAUUAAAGGGACUCAUGAUUACUUUGGUCUCAAUCACUACACCACAGUUCUGGUUUACCCUGUGGACCUGGGAAACCAGCAGGAUUAUGAGGGGGACAGGGGAACUGGAUCUACAACAGACCGGAGCUGGAUUGAAUCUGGCUCCUUCUGGUUAAAGAUCACUCCGUUUGGAUUUCGAAGGCUCCUAAAGUUCAUAAAGGAUGAGUACAGGAACCCACCCAUCUAUGUGACUGAGAACGGGAUCUCAGAACGAGGAGCAGUGGACUUGAAUGACGUCCACAGAAAGCACUACUACGAGAACUACAUUAACCAGGCCCUGAAAGCCCUGGUUCUGGACGGAGUGGAUCUGCGAGGCUACACAGCCUGGUCGUUAAUGGACAACUUUGAGUGGGCUGCCGGCUACUCGGAGCGCUUUGGCCUUUUCUACGUCAACCGCUCUCACCCUAUGCUCCCCCGCAUCCCUAAAAACUCUGCUGCCCACUAUGCCUCCAUAAUCACCUGCAAUGGGUUCCCUGACCCAGCCCUGGGACCACAUGACUGUCUGGAUCCUCCACCUCCAGCAACCACCACAACAACUGCAACUAAUACGACAGCCACCACAACAACUGAAACUGAUACGACAACUACCACAACAACUGCAACUAAUACAACAAUCCCACCAACUACAGUUCCCAGUGGAACUGGUACCAUGGCCACCACUGGUCCUGUGCGGCAGGACAUGGUGGACUUCCUGGGUCUGGAACUGUCAGCUAAUGAUGCUGAACUGGCCCUUUACAUCAUAUUUGUGUUUCUUCUCGCAAGUGUACUUGGGAUCAUCUUUGCCAUCUGUGGACUACUAAAAAGAAAACAGAAAUUCAAGAUGGCUGCCAUAGAAGAACUGAAGAUGCAGAGAAUGUGA